AGAGAGAGAGAGAGAGAGAGAGUGAGAGAUUUCUAAGCUUUCUACUAUAUUCGAAUUCGCAGGUUCCGGUGACCGAUCAAGCAAAUCGAAGAAGACCCACAUCAGAUUUCAGCACAUGGGCCACACCACCGAAAAAUCAAGGGCUGUAACAGCUAGACGGUCCCGGUUCGUAGCCGAAGAAGCAUCCGAGCCAGUCGAAUGCUCGUGUGAGACCAUCCGAUCAUGCUCGGUAGGUCUCGUUGCGGACUGCAUCGCCGUCUGCUGCUGCCCGUGUGCAGUCGUUAACGUGAUGAUUCUAGCCUUGGUGAAGGUCCCAUGGACGGUAGGGAGGAGAUGUAUGAGAUUAUUGAAGAAGAAGGAGCAUUUGGUGGAAAAGAAGAAAGGUGGGAAGAAACGAAGAGGGGUAGAAAGGGAAGAAGUUAAAGAGAAAAAUGGAAAUUUUGAGAAAGAGGUAGGGGUAGAACGGGGAAUGGAAUUUUCACGUGUGGAUGAAGAGGGUGGUGCGAGCUUCGAAGCUGAGAGGGUAUGGAUGGAAUUGUAUCAGCUGGGCCAUUUGGGCUUUGGUAGGGUGUCUUUCACUGGAAUUCAUCACGUCAAGGGCAUUUAGCGAAGAAAAAGAAUUUGUGGUGAGUUGACGAAAGUAACCCAUAGCUUAUGUGUUAAUUACCAAAAAAAUAGUCUACCUGAUUACCUGGGAAGGUCUCACAUCCAACCGUGUGAACAGAAUUACAGUCCGCCCAGUAGAUAAAUUCCAACCUUUCAUGUGCAUGAGAAAUCCAACCCGUCCAAUAGGUCGGUCCCACCAUGAGGAUCACGUUAUGAAAAAUUCAGCCAUAUCGACUUACGGAAUGGACCACAUCUAUAUUUUUCUAUCUAGCAAUGACUAGUCAUUUUUUUCUAUGGUGUGGCCCACCUAAUCAGUAGAUAGGGUUGAUUUUGCAUUUAGAUGAUCGUAAUGGUGGGACCAACCUAUUGGAAGGGUUGGAUGUCACGUGCAUUUAACACUUUGGAAGUUAUAUACUGGGUGGACCAUAAUUUGUGGUACAACUGGUUGGACUUGAGACCUUCUACUGUCUAAUUAACCUUGGAAGGUUGUGUGGUUUGGAAA